UCUACCCCAUUCUUCACUCCCCUUCAAGAACAUUACUUGAAAAGGGAAUUAAUUAGCUGUCAAGUCGAAAAAGAACUUCUCAACUUUGCCGCUGAAUCAGGUCUUUCGUUCCUCGGCCCGCCAUUCUCGACAGACACUCUGCUGAUUACACCGUCCCCAUUCCUCUAUUUCAUAUUUCACAAUCAUGUGCUGACCUUUCCAUUCCUCCGCCCUACGAAAAAUGAUUUUUGGAAUAAAAUAAGAGAAUUCAUAGACCAGUUUAAUAGUAAAAAUAUCAGCUCGACCGUUACUAGAGACGAGGCAACACGUCGAAGAAAGUUGGCGGCAAAGUUUGUGGGUCACGUUACACUGUUGUUGAAUGCGGGAAUUAAAAGUACUCUGGGACAAGACGAGAAUUUGAAAGUGAGCGAUUGGCUGAGUCCAAAAGACCAACAAAAGGAGAAGGUACAAGUAGAUAAUUUGGGGAAUGCUUGGGAAUUGAAUAUUGUUGGUGUUAGGAUUCGGGUUGAAAAAGGCAAGCUGAAAGAACGUGCACACCCGGAAUACAUAAUACUAACAAAGAGACCAGGCACUGAAGAUGUAUAUGUUGCCAGACGUUACAGAGAUUUCCGAACUUUAUUUAAUAAACUCAAAGAUGAGUUUUCGGAUAUAGAAAUACUUGACCCUCCAAAAAAGAUCAAGGAUACGUCAAAGAUAGGUCAAUUGACCAACAGAUCGUCAGCAUUUCCAAAGUAUAGAUAUGAAAAGAAUCGUCUCAAUCUUCGUGUAUACAUACGCCACCUUUUGCGAAUAAGGAAAGUGGCCCAAUCUCAAUUGUUCCAAGACUUUUUGUUAAAGGAUCCGAUCGAAUUGACAGAAAAUGAUCAAAAGAAUAUCUCUGAAAGAGCAGAAUUGGAUAGUAUUAAAGAUGAACGAAUAAGGGCAUUUGAAAUAGAGACUGAAAGGCAGAUGGAGGGGUUCUACGAUCAAAUUGAGGCGUUUAAACAGGAAUUGCUGAAAUGCGGUGGAUUGUCACAUUUUGCUGCCACUAUAAGAGAAACUGCUGAAAUUUCGCAAUUACCACCGACGUAUCAAGAAAUAAUUAAAUGGGGAGAAAUAAGCUUUGCUUCAACUUUGUAUCGUGUUUUUGUUGGGUCAGACACCAGCAGUGCGACAUUUGCCAAAUUAAAGAACGUUCAUUCAUUGAUGCCAUAUAAAGCGAUGCAUGGAAUUUUGAAAAUUUCAAAUCCUCUUCUUCUCAUGAGAGCUAUGAUGUUGUCUACAAAUCUGAACGAGGAAAUUAGAGACCUGCAAAGAAAAAUUGAUACGAUGGGAUCAGCUAUUAAUGAUCCUGUCAUAUGUGAGAAACUCAAAAACUAUUCAAAUUCUUCUGUAAAAGUACAGGAAAUUGUAAAAAACGAAGCUGAUGCCGAGAACGCGAAUGCAAUAGUCAGGGCUAUUCUACACACAUCUACUUUGCAACCACAGUUGUCGCCAGAGUCGUUAGCCUCAACACAAGAAACGCAAAUGUUUGAUAAUGUCAAGAGAUUGUUCUUUUUAUACUUGAGGAAGCGUGAUAAGGAGAUGAUGGUUGAUCUAUUAUUUCAGGGGGUUACUGGCAGCUUGUUUAGAGAAAUUUUGGCCAUGUUUUAUGAACCAUUAGCAAGAGUGUAUAAGGCAGCGAAUUUCGGUGACUCGCUAAGCGAUAUCUCUAAUUUUGUUAAUGAUUUGAUUCAAGUGGUCGAGGAUUUAGACGACAAAAAAGGUCUAUCCACAAACGCAUCGACUGAAUCGAUAGUUCAGACAUUCCUCUCCCUUGUUCGUAGACACUCACAACGCUUUUAUUCGUUUGUCCACGCAAUAUAUUCACACGACACUGCUGGAAUAUUCUCGUCUCUUGUCAAUUGGAUGGAUACCAUAUUGUCGUUUGCACGCGAUGGUCUACCAGAGAGGAUAGACAUGGGUCGGAUAGCAAGAUCAACGUUAACAACAGACGAACAAGAAAAACUCUUUUCCGAGAUAGAACAACUUAUAGAAUGGCAUAAACAACGCAAGAGAAGUCGAUUGGAUAAAUUUAGAAAAGCUGUUUAUGCCCAAUAUCCAAUUUCAGAUGAUAGCGCGCCUUUGUCAUCGAAUGUUAUUCAGGAAAUUGGUGUAGAUAACUUAAUGGAAGAAAGCAUGGACUUUAUGUUUGAUAGCUCGAGUAGUGAAGACGAUGAUAAUGGUGACAUCAAAGCUGGGAAAUAUUCAAAGGCUAACAUGAAAGAGUUUGUAACUGUUCACAAGUUACUUAAUCCGUUUGUUGAAGAAGUCAGAGCUGCGAUUUCAGAUACUGUGGUAUAUUGA